UUAAAAGUUAGAAUUAACUCGACGUUGUAUUAUAUCCAAAAACGGUUUCCGGAGGCAAAAGCCCCUCUUCGCUGCCAAGAGAGCCCAUACCGCACAUAUUCAAUUCAACCCCGUCGUAGCAUCGCAAAAAUCACGGUCGAUUGGUGCAAUAAAUGAAUUAUAUACAUUGGCAUCGACUAGACGUCUUGGAAGCAAUUAUUCCGACGCAAUUAUGCCAAGUCUUCUAAUUGAAGUGCCCCUGAUGGGCAUAUAGCUCGCGGGGCUGUCUAUACGAUGCCUAGCUCAUCGGAAAUAGUAUAAAUAGCAUGUAUUGCUAGUCAUCAAAACAGGAAAACAGGUGGUCAUCACCUAUAUCGACUAAUGCGAGUAAAGAGCAACUAUGGCUCGGUUCAGCAUCCUCACGGCAGUGCUUGCCCUCGUCUCAGCCGUCCACGCCCAGUGCGGCUCGGGCACCCCGGAUGCCACGGUGACCGGCUCGGGAAGUUCAUUUAAGGCCAACAAGGGCUCGACAUCGGUAUACUCCGGAUCCGACUACCGCGCCGCGAUCCAGGCCGCGCUCGAUUCAAUCAGCAGUGGCCAGCGCGUUGCCGUUAUGGCGUCGGGUUCCAUCGGUGCUAACACCAUCACCAUCAGCAGCGGCAAGACUUUCGAGGGCUGUGGUACUAUUGAUACGGGGAAUCGAGCCGGACACGGCGCCAUCGAAUCUCUAGGUACAUCCGAUGUGAAGAUUCCGUACCUGACUAUGACCGGGAACCCGUACUUCGGGUUGCGAUUUUACGGCACGAAGAACCUAGUCCUAGGCCAGAUCACGAUGAAUCUUAGUGGUGGAUUGGGCAUCCGUUUUGAUCGCGAUGCGGCAGCCAAUUCAAAUGUUAAGAUAGAUACCGUCAAGGUCACGGGUGCUGGCAGUCACGCUGUUGAGACGUGGAAUAUUGAUGGGCUUAACAUUACCCAGGUGAUCGCGAAGGACGUAGGCGAAUGCGGUUUGCUUCUGCAGAAGACGACGAACGCAUGGGUAGGGCUCGUCGAUGGCGACAAUGUGGCCAAGGGCACAGGGUACGCGACAUUCCGAAUGGCGAACAACAAUGGGCAGAACUCGAACAGUAACUAUAAUACGAACGUGUAUAUCGACAAAGUCAAGUCUCGCGGUGGUGGACGCGGUAUCUUCUGCGUGUCGCAGUCUGGAGCUGCGGUGAUUAAGGAGGUAGACUUGGCGAGUAACGGCAACAAUGCGAUUCUGAUUGAGAAUUGCUACAAUGUGUCAAUCCGUGGAGGAAAGGUUGACGGUGGCGGGGAAGUAAGGCUUGCAGCGCGCGAUGAGUUUCCGAAUAAUAAGGAUAUUUGGAUUACGUUGACGGUGGAUAAUAACUCGGUGCGCGAGUCGCCGUGUGGUGACAAUACGAAUUGGACGCUGCAAGGGAAUGCCAAGAAGACUCUUUGCUAAGUGACUGAAGGGUUGGUAGUGAAUAUUAUUUUUCCUGACUUCAUGAUGCAGCGCGACGACAAGAAACGAAGGAUUAUUAUUAUAAUGCCCUACUUAAAAAUUGCGUGUCCGCUUUUCUCAUUCCCCGUGAUCAAAUCGAACGCCGUUACCUUGCCCUGUGUAUCAUCACAUCCCUUAUUUCCUUUUGGUAUCAUCAUAUCUUCAUUCAUCCGCAACAUGUCUCCAUAGUCAACUCGUUUUACUUCGUCAAGCCC